AUGGUGGAUGCCACGUGUCCCCCCAAUCAUACAGAGGCUGGACGCAAUAUUCGCCAAUUUCUGGCACAAGCUGGAAGUCAGAACCAAGCCAAGCAACCUUCUUACCAAGAAAUUGCCUCCAGCCCGGAAAAAGGCUCAGCAGGUCGCAACUACAAGACAGACCUCACGAUCGCGGCGGACCAAGCUGCACCACCGACCCCAGCACAAGAGGGACAAAAUAAGCUUGCCGCCAGAGGACAGAGGACCCCCCCCCCCCGACUGGCCCAGCUUGCAUCAAUCCACGAGGACGCCUACCUGAGCCCAGUGCCGCCCAAGGAAAAGCCCUCUCACAUCGUCCACACCGGCUGCCACAGCCUACCCUGUGGGCAACUCCAGCAGUGA